AUGCGUCGCUUCCUCCAAGCCCUCCGCCCUCUCCAAACCCUAUCCCUCACCCCCGCCCCCGCCCCCGCCCCCACCAUACCCGCCCCGCUCCGCCUCUUCUCCUCGAGCUCUUCGGCGGCCGCGUCCUCGGACUCCGACUCCUCCCCGGCCCCGGCCCCCGCGGCCGACGCCGACUUCGACAGCGCCGAGUACGACCUCCCGACCCCGGGCCCCGCGCCCUCGCGGAAGGUCAACAACCCCGUCUCCGCGCUGCGGAAGCUCCGGUUCGACCCCGCCCUCCGCGCGCGCGCCGACGAGGCGCUCUUCGGGGAGGCGCGGGGCGGGGCAGCGGCCGUGGGGGACGAGGACGAGGAGCGCUCGCGGGACGUGGCGCUCGCGCUGCUCGACGCGGCGAUGGAGCCGCCCGACGAGGAGGACGAGGACCCCGGGGAGGUCAGGGAGGAGGACCAGAUGUCGCUCUCCGUCGGCAUCGUCGGCGCGCCCAACGCCGGCAAGUCCUCGCUCACCAACACUAUGGUUGGGACAAAAGUGGCUGCAGUCUCACGCAAGACAAAUACUACGACUCAUGAAAUUUUGGGGGUCCUGACAAAAGGGAACACACAGAUAUGCUUUUUUGACACCCCAGGGCUCAUGUUAGGGCACCAUGGAUUUCCUUAUAGGGAUGUUACAGUUCGUGUGGAGAGUGCCUGGAGCUCAAUUAACCUCUAUGAUUUACUAAUAGUCAUGUUUGAUGUCAAUAGGCAUCUUAAUAUGCCUGAUUCACGUGUUAUAAAGUUAAUCAAACGUUUGGGUACAGAGGUAAACCCGAACCAGAGGCGUAUAUUAUGCAUGAAUAAGGUUGACCUGGUGGAAAACAAAAAGGACCUCCUUAAAGUUGCAAAGGAAUUUGAAGAUCUUCCUGGAUAUGAAAGGUACUUCAUGGUGUCUGGACUAAAAGGCAAGGGAGUGAAAGACCUUGUGCAGUAUUUGAUGGAACAGGCUGUAAGAAGACCUUGGGAUGAAGAACCAACUGUAAUGACUGAAGAAGUAAUGAAAACCAUAUCUUUGGAGGUUGUGCGGGAGAAGAUGCUGCAUCACAUCCACCAAGAAAUUCCCUAUGUAAUUGAGCAUCGUUUGAUGGACUGGAAGGAGCUAAAAGAUGGUUCUCUUAGGGUGGAGCAGCACUUCAUUACACCAAAACAAAGCCAACGUCAGAUUCUUGUUGGGAAAAAUGGCUCAAAGAUUGGGAGAAUUGGUAUUGAAGCCAAUGAAGAAUUGAGAUCCAUAUUCAAGAGAAAUGUACAUCUCAUUCUCCAAGUUAGAGUUGCGAAAAGGAGGAGUGCUUGAACAGAAUUUCUAGCGCCUGUAUAGACUGCUGCCGAUCUGAGCACUACAGUGCAAUUGUGGCAUGUGUGCAUUUGCCAGAAAUUUGAUUAGUCAGCUGGAGCUUGGAUAAACCAGGUCUGUUGACUAUGCUGGUAGAAUUUCUGCUCCAAUGAGGGCACCAAAUUAUGCCCCAACAUGCAGAUUACGAGCUAUGAUUAUCAAUUUUGAUGACGACGAGCUAGCUCAGCAACUUUUUGGAUGAUUUGGUGGAAACAGGGAAAUGGCCUGCAAAGUGCAGAGCUGCUGUGCUUGCAGCGAAUGUUGUGUUUGUGAUAUAGAUACGUCUGUACCAGACUACUGAUUCAUUUUAGUUUCUUUCAAAGUACAAAGAGCUGACACCCUAAUUCUGUAUCUCGAUAGAUGCUUCACACUAUUGUAAUAAUCUGACGACCAUGCUGGUCGUUUGCCGAACAUUAUCAAAGACAGUCUGGUACUUCUAUGCUGCCCAUCAUUUUUGUAACAUUAUCAAGGGAUUUCUGUUUGGCUUGA